UGGAUCAGAUGGAGCUGAAAAUACUUCUACAAAUCCGGCUCUGACCAGCGCUCUUGUGGAAGUGCAAUAGUAUCGAUUAACCGAAACAAACAAGAAUGUAUAGGAGCAAGGUGGAACAACUGUUACAAACUGACGAGGAUAACAAUGAAAAGAUAAGAGAGAAUGAACAUAAAAUACAGGAACUGCAGAGAAGAUUGGAGGACUACGAGAGCAAAGAAAAACAUUUACUUUUGGACUGCGAACGUGAAUUUAAACUACAAACUAAAGAACGUAAAAAAUUAACAACUGAAAACGAGUCAUUGCGUAAAGAACGUGAUAGAUGUGAGAGUAGAAUUGCGGAACUUGCUAAAGCAAUUACAACUGAAAACAAGUCAUUAGUUUUGCUACCUGACUCAAUAUCGAUCACAAGGCAUCAAACCCAUCGUGAAGAACGUGAGAAAUGUGAGAGUAGAAUUGCUGAACUUGUUAAAGCAAUAACAACUGAAAACAAGUCAUUGCAUCAAACCCAUCGUGAAGAACGUGAGAAAUGUGAGAGUAGAAUUGCUGAACUUGUUAAAGCAAUAACAACUGAAAACAAGUCAUUGCAUCAAACCUUUCGUGCAGAAAGUGAGAAAUAUGAGAGUAGAACGGCGGAACUUGCUAUAGCGCAUCAAACCCUUCGUGAAGAACGUGAGGAAUAUGAGAGUAGAAUUUCGGAACUUGCUGCUAAAGCGCAUCAAACCCUUUGUGAAGAACGUAAGAAAUAUGAGAGAAGAAUUGCGAAACUUGCUAAAGCUGCCGAUAAAUUUACUGCGGUAAAGAAGAAGUCAAAUGAGUUGUUUGGGCACACAUAAACACAUAUUCCCGAUCAGGUCGAUAGAAAUGACAGCAGACAUGGUCAUCAGUCUCAUUGAUGUAUUAAGAGAAUAUGAUAUCGCAAACGUUUGAGCAACCCAUCAAGUGACAAUAAGUGACCAUUGAUGAUAUGCAGCCCCGCAGAAAAACGUUUGUAUUCAAUACAGUGACAGUUUUUGUGUGGUUAUCUGACAUUUUUGGUCACCAUGUGCAUCAGACCAAGCGCAAAGUAUACAUUUCAAAUGAUGUUUGGUGUCUAUAAGUUCAUUCUUUCACAAUGUGAAGCGCAUGGCAAGACGACUUCAAAGAUGACAUUAAAAAGGACUUUUAA